UAGAUUGAGAGCAGGGAUCUAGGCGCAGAGCUGGGACAGGCCGGGGCCUGAGGGGAGGGGGGUGAACCGGUUGAAAGAGCGGGGCAAAGCAUCGGGGAGGUCUGGGCCAGGAAAACGUAGCACGGGCGAAGGAGUGGGAGACAAAGGGUAACCGAGCUUGUCAAGGCCAGGGCUGAGGGCACUGAUCUUUGGCAGACCAGCGGGAGAGGCUGGUGCUGGAGGCACUGGGUACAGGAUCUGCACAGACCCGAGCCAGAGUGGGACAUGAUGUUUCCUCAAAGCAGCAACCGCCACUCGAGCUCCUCUCACCUGCCCCAGCAGCUCAAGUUCACCACCUCGGAUUCCUGUGAUCGCAUUAAAGAUGAGUUCCAGUUGCUGCAGGCGCAGUAUCACAGUCUUAAGCUGGAAUGUGACAAGCUGGCCAGCGAGAAAUCGGAGAUGCAGAGGCACUACGUCAUGUAUUACGAAAUGUCCUAUGGACUGAAUAUUGAAAUGCACAAACAGGCUGAAAUAGUCAAGAGGUUGAAUGGAAUCUGUGCGCAGGUGUUGCCUUAUCUCUCUCAGGAGCACCAGCAGCAGGUCCUUGGAGCUAUUGAGCGGGCAAAGCAAGUCACAGCGCCAGAGUUGAACUCCAUCAUUCGUCAGCAACUUCAAGUUCAUCAGCUGUCCCAACUCCAGGCCCUUGCCCUCCCGCUGACGCCACUACCUGUGGGACUACAGGGGCACUCUUUGCCUGUCAGUGCCAGCAGCGGGCUUCUCUCCCUGUCUGCACUGGGCUCCCAAGGACAUCUCCAGAAGGAAGACAAGAAUGGUCACGAUGGAGACCCUCGGCCUGAUGAUGAUGGUGACAAAUCAGAUUAAAAACGGAUGAAAACGAGAUGGAUAAAGGUGCAGCGCAGUAGUAACUCUAGCACUGCCAGGUGGAGUUACAUUGUAGAGCCUUAUCCCAUCAUGCACUGGAACAGCUUCUUGUGUCCAAGGGUUAAUAAAAGCAGGACACUGACAGCCGAGGGGGUUAACGCAUUUCUUCACACUGUAUAUGUAUGUGUACAUAUAUGGAAUGUACCGCGAACUGUAUUGUAAAUUGGCUUAUUUGACUUCUACUAAAAGCACAACCCCCAUCUUUUCUACAGAGUUUACCUUUCCAUGGUGAUCCAUUAGUGUAGUGCUUAUUUUAAAUGCAGCUAUGGAGCAAGAUUAUAUGAAGGCUAUUGUGAGGCUUCCUUGCAGAGGUUUCGAUAUAGACUGAGGAGAAGAUUUUAGCUGGCCCCUUAUUUACUGCUGUGUAAUUGGCUUUCUUUCCACCUCUCCCUUGUCGCAUGGCAGUAGAAUGUAAUCCAAUAGAGAACGAGUGGAGGCCAUUAUAAAGUGCACCCAUCCACCACUCGCAAUAGAGGAGGUUGUUCUUUGUUCUGUAUUUUGGGAAAUGCAUUGAACUUCAAUUGAUGUGAAGAAAUUACUAACACCGGCCCCUUGAACCUUGGAGCGGCCGCUGGUUUUUCAAGGUUUAGGGACAGACACACUAAGUCCUUUUUACUCAUUUUUGAAAUGAAUGAUGAAAAAAGGAGAAGCUCAUUUAAUAUCAUACAAAGUAGAAGUCAGACAUCAUUCUGCAGGAUGGCGGUUUUUACUUAAAGGGGUUGUCUGAACAAUGGCUCAGAUCGGUACCAAAUAAGUGAUGCUCGCCGAUCCUUGUGGCACUCCGGUUCUGACACUUCCCGGUUCCCUACUUCCUGGCAGCUCUCGACACACAGGAAAUCACUGGUCGCUUUUCAUGUGUCCAUGUAAGGCCCCAUGCACACGGCCGUGUUUCACAGCCGUGUGCGGGCCGUGGAACCGCGGCCUGGAUCCCUCCUGAGAGCAGGAG